GGCUCCUAGGCAAAGCAGUGCAGGUCAUCAUUCAGUCCUGUGUGAGCAGCAUCACCACAGAGGAUGGUUAUGAGAGACAUACUGCUGUAUAUUUUGUUUGGUCACCUCCUCAGAACUGAUGUUUGCUUGAGCUGUGUACCUUCAACAUGUCUAAAAUGUACCUCAAAUGGAGAACCUGUGCCAGAUCCUUGUGACUUGCUCUGCUCACACAAUACAAGUCAGUGCUACAAUGAUGCUGAUAUUCCACGCAACUGCACAAAAGACUUUCAGGUGUCUAUCAACGGCACUGGAUCUAAGGUGAAUGAGGGUGCUAGCAUCACUCUGACAUGCAUCCAUAACCUCCCUGAGCCUGUGGAACUCAAAUGGAAAAAGGAUGGGAGGAAAAUUGAGGGAAACAGCACCAAACUGACUCUUGAAAAACUGUUAACCCACCACUCUGGCCAGUACGUCUGCAACGUAACCAGCUCAUGUGGCAGUUUUGAGUCUGCAUCACACAAUGUCACUGUAAACAACGGUGCUGUAAUCAUCGUGGUGAUCAGUGGUGUUUCAGCUUUGGCCCUGGUGGUAAUUAUGGGGGUCUUAAUGAAGUACAAGCUUAAAAGAGACAAUGAAAAAAGCAUGAGGAGGCAGAGGCAGCGAGCAGAGGCUGCACGGCACGCCGGUCCAGCCCCAUUGGCACCAAGGGAGUCCUGAAUAAUAUACCCCUCUGUUGCAUUCAAUAUCAAAUAACACUAAUAUUUUUUUUUCUUAAUUUGCUGUUGUAGUGUUUAUCAAGCAAUAUAAAUAAACUUCCAGCUCUGUCUUCAAGGCUAUGUGUGAUCAGCAGAGGUUCAAUUCUAAUGUAUGACCAUUUCCACAUCGGGGUAGAUCCAUUGUGUAACACAGUGCUCACGAUAACCACGCCCCCUGACCAGAAAGCCUGUUCAGUUGAGGAAAAGAGCCUGCAAAUGUUUUAAUCCAGACGCAGGGCAGGCGUGGUAAAACUAAUCCUGCUGAAUGCUCAACUCACAGGAAUGCACGCUGCACACAGAAGGGCUUUAUGAUGGCAGGCAUGAAAUGGAUACAUGGGAUGAUAAUGCUAUCCUCUCAUUCAUAAGAGAGAGAUGGAUGUGGGAUUUAAGAGUUGAUUUUUGAACACAGAAAUAAAUUCGUGGCUUUAGCUGCAUAAUUUAAUCCUUUACAUGUUUGGCUACAUGCACACUGCCACUGUGUUUCUUCUGUAUUCAUUCAGUAGUAUUCUACACCUUAAUCAUAUGGCAAAAAUGAACCCUUCUGUUUUUUCAGGUUGCAAUAUCUCUGUGGGUGCAUCAGAAAAUACUGCCUAUUCAGUUUCCUCCUAUAACAGGUGGCUAAGGGAUAAUCCAGGUAAAGCCACUGCAAAGUGGAGAUGGAGGUAUAGUCAGAGGAGGGAGGAGGUUGGGUGGGGUGGGGUGGCCUUUGCAUGGAUGACCAGGGCUAAUUCUGUCCUCCUAAUCCUGGUCCCAUCCACCCUCCCCCUCUUCCUGCUUGGUAACUUCAGUGACACUGAGGAGCAACUGACACCCAGGUAGACAUUACUAUCACAUGCACUCAUAGCUUGAAUAACCCACCUGAGUUUACUGAGAAGAAA